CAUCAAGCCGCAAGGUUUGAUGACGUGUAUUCUGUGCGCUGCCCAUGCGCGGUCGCACUUGUCUCCGGCAGGGCCAGUCAUUGAGUGACAGCGGAUCCCGGGGAGCCGGCGGCGGAGGCGCAAUGACUCUCUUUCACUUCGGCAACUGUUUCGCCCUGGCCUAUUUCCCCUACUUCAUUACGUACAAGUGCAGCGGCCUCUCCGAGUACAACGCCUUCUGGAGGUGCGUCCAGGCCGGGGCCACUUACCUGUGUGUUCAGCUGUGUAAGAUGCUGUUUCUUGCAACAUUCUUUCCUACUUGGGAGGGGGCUGCUGGUGCCUAUGACUUUAUUGGGGAGUUUAUGAAGGCCACAGUCGACCUCGCAGACUUGCUGGGGCUCCAUUUAGUUAUGUCCCGAAAUGCAGGAAAGGGAGAGUACAAGAUCAUGGUAGCGGCUAUGGGCUGGGCCACUGCUGAACUUGUCAUGUCGAGGUGUCUCCCCCUGUGGGUCGGAGCAAGAGGGAUAGAGUUUGACUGGAAAUACAUUCAGAUGAGCAUCGACUCCAACAUCAGCUUGGUACAUUACAUGGCUGUAGCUGCUCUCGUCUGGAUGUGGACUCGCUACGACCUCCCCACAUAUUACCGACUCCCCGUUACUGUGUUGCUGGGGCUCAGCAUGUAUAAAGCCUUCCUUAUGGACUGCUUUGUACACAUGUUUAUCAUGGGGAGCUGGACGGCACUUCUCCUGAAAGCCGUGAUCACCGGGGUCCUGUCUCUGAGCUGCUUGACUCUCUUUGUCAGUCUCGUUCAUGGAAACUGAGUCUGUUGUGACUCCUCCCCUUGCGUCUCCGGAUAAACCAAUGACUGUGCCGGUGGACUCGACUUUGACGUAAAUUAAUUUUGUACAAACUUUAUAUGGAAUAAAGAAGUGGACCACGAGCCAGA